GCCCGCCCGGACGCUGAAUCUCGGAGCACCGGGCGCCCGCAAGGACGCUGUUGUCCGUGGCUUCCGGGCUCACGCUGCUUUGCCGCCGCCGUCAGACCCGUAGUUCCUGGUGCCGCCGCCGUUACAGUCGGCGCCCCCAGCUCGGCCGCUGCCAUGGGGAUCUUGGAAAAGAUCUCGGAGAUCGAGAAGGAGAUUGCUCGGACGCAGAAGAACAAGGCCACUGAGUACCAUCUGGGCCUGCUGAAAGCAAAACUUGCCAAGUAUCGGGCCCAGCUCCUGGAACCAUCCAAAUCUGCCUCAUCCAAAGGAGAAGGCUUCGAUGUCAUGAAGUCAGGCGAUGCCCGCGUGGCGCUGAUUGGAUUUCCCUCUGUGGUCCACCUUCUUGAGUCUGAUGACCUCUACAGCCAGUGAAGCUGCAUCCUACGAGUUCACCACUCUGACGUGUAUCCCUGGGGUCAUUGAAUACAAAGGUGCUAAUAUCCAGCUCCUGGACCUUCCUGGAAUCAUUGAAGGCGCAGCCCAAGGGAAAGGCCGUGGCCGGCAGGUGAUUGCUGUGGCGCGCACAGCCGAUGUUGUCAUCAUGAUGCUGGAUGCCACCAAGGGAGAGGUGCAGAGGUCUCUUCUGGAGAAAGAGCUGGAGUCUGUGGGCAUCCGCCUCAACAAGCAUAAGCCCAACAUCUACUUCAAGCCUAAGAAAGGUGGUGGCAUCUCCUUUAACUCAACGGUCACGCUGACCCAGUGCUCGGAAAAGCUGGUGCAGCUCAUCCUGCAUGAAUAUAAGAUCUUCAAUGCAGAAGUGCUCUUCCGAGAAGACUGUUCCCCAGAUGAAUUCAUUGAUGUGAUCGUAGGCAACCGGGUGUACAUGCCCUGCCUGUAUGUUUAUAACAAAAUCGACCAGAUCUCCAUGGAAGAAGUAGACCGCUUGGCCCGAAAACCUAACAGUGUGGUCAUCAGCUGCGGCAUGAAGCUAAACCUGGACUACCUGCUGGAGAUGCUUUGGGAAUACUUGGCCUUGACCUGCAUCUACACCAAGAAGAGAGGACAGAGGCCGGACUUCACGGAUGCCAUAAUCCUCCGGAAAGGAGCCUCUGUGGAGCACGUGUGCCACCGCAUCCACCGGUCUCUCGCCAGCCAGUUCAAGUACGCCCUAGUGUGGGGCACCAGCACCAAGUACAGCCCACAGCGGGUGGGCCUGACCCACACCAUGGAGCAUGAAGAUGUCAUCCAGAUUGUGAAGAAAUAACUAAUGGCUUCCACCAGACCUCCUACCGACUGGCCUCAUUUCUCUGGGCAUUCGGACCCACUGGGAUACACAAAUGCCCAAACAGGAAAAAUGCAAAUCUAUACACCCCAGGAAGUCUCUGCUGUUCCCAGAGUUUCUUCAGUAGGCAAUGAAAUGGAGCAGAGGGGCGAGGUGUGGGGGAUUUCCAAAGCUAAUCCCUCUGCCGGGGACUCUGAGUUUGGAGUCCUGGCUCAGCCUCUGACCCCCAGCCCCUUUGGGCACUGAGGGGGCAGGUUGCCUAGCUGCCUCCCAAUUGGGGCCAAACACGGACACAUGCUCAGUGCUGGGCUGGGCACUGGGCCUGCGGGGGUCCCUGGAUGCGUGGAUACUGCCAGGAUGCCUGUUCCUUGGCUCCUGCCAGUGUCACCUCCCACGUGCAAAGGACUGUCCCAUAGUGGGAACCAGUUCACACCCUCCACAGGCUGAGUGGUGUCUUAAAGUGCCUCCCCCUAUGCUUCCUCCCAGGGCAGCCUCUGCCCAGGACAAAACCCCAGGAUUUGGGGCUUGAACACCUGGGGUGGGGAUUUCUGAGUUUCUGUAUUUUCUCUCUAAGCUCCCAGCUCUCCUUUCUGAAAUAAAGGAUUAAAAAUA